CCAUUUUCAACUGUCAUCGUCUUCGGUUCUCAUUUCGUUUUGGUGCGAGUGCUGCUGUCUUCAGAGAGUUCGGUGGAAACAAAAGAAAGCGAAAGAAGAAGUAGAGGAAAACUAGACCUGCGAAAUCGUCAAUCCGUGUGAACGGAAAGCGAGCGGUUGUGUCACGGUAGCGGUCGGUGUUUCGUGAAUUCGGGUACCACUCCCCUUGUUGGAGUGUUUCGAAAACGGUGCUGUGGUGCGAAUUGAUCUCGAGGCAGACCCCAGUGCUGGAAGAAGCGUCUGGAAUAAUAUAGUUGCGCAAAAGUGCAUUCUGUGCAACUCUGCAAACGUCGCGCGACCGCAGCAGAGGAAGAUAAAUAUAGGAGGAAAAAGAGUGCCUGUGUAUUCGCGGUGAGCCCAGCAACCGGAGAAUUAUCGAGAUUGGAAAAAAGAAAUAUACAGCGAGGCAAACGGAGUGUGUGUCGUAAAGUUGAUUUUUUUUCGGGGAAUAAUUAUACAACCCCUCUCGGGAGACGGCAAAGUUCCGCAGCACGAUGUCCGACGAUAAUCAGGAGAAUGGAACCCGCAACGGCGAUGUUCCAGAAAUUGAACUGAUCAUCAAGGCCUCCACAAUAGACGGAAGACGUAAGGGAGCAUGUCUUUUUUGUCAGGAAUAUUUCAUGGAUUUAUAUCUGCUGGCAGAGCUAAAAACAAUCAGUCUAAAGGUCACCACAGUGGACAUGCAGAAGCCGCCUCCCGAUUUCCGUACAAACUUCGAGGCAACACAUCCACCGAUUCUGAUCGAUAACGGACUCGCCAUUCUUGAGAAUGAUAAAAUCGAACGACACAUCAUGAAGUCAGUGCCCGGUGGUUACAAUCUUUUCGUGCAGGACAAAGAAGUGGCCACCCUGAUCGAGAACCUGUACUCCAAGCUCAAGCUGAUGCUGGUCAAGAAGGACGAACACAAGAACAACGCACUGCUGACGCAUCUGCGGAAGAUCAACGACCAUUUGGUAACGCGGGGAACUCGCUUCCUGACCGGGGACACCAUGUGCUGUUUCGAUUGCGAGCUGAUGCCCCGGCUGCAGCACAUCCGGGUGGCCGGAAAAUAUUUUGUCGACUUUGAAAUACCAAAACACCUUACCGCCUUGUGGCGAUAUAUGUACCACAUGUACCAGCUGGAUGCCUUCACGCAGUCCUGUCCCGCCGAUCAGGAUAUCAUCAAUCACUACAAACUGCAGCAGGCCAAAGGUGAUAUCAAGAUGCUGAAGAUGAAGAAACACGAAGAACUGGAAACGCCAACGUUCACCACAUCGAUCCCGAUUGACCUAAACGACCACUAAAUUAGCAUUGGAUCAAAAGUUUUCAGAUUCAAUUCUUCAGCAGGAGGAAUCAUCGGAUUCAACGGAAAAUCAACAACAAUGGCAGCAGCAACAGCAGUCAGCAUAAGGAACAUCAAAACUAUAAAAAAAAUCAUUUUUGAUAACCAUUUACAUGUAGAACCACACUCACACACAAACACAAGACCCUCUUCCUUGCAUUGUUGACUUGAUAAUUCGCCUACUAUACAUUAUAUAAUGUAAAACCGUUGGCAGCAGUGCUGCCAACCGCAAUACGAAUUCGUUCUAAACUAUGCCUAUUGUUUAUUAUUACAACUACUAUUAUUAUUAUUACUAUGAUUCGAUCAAUUUCGCGACGGCCAUCAUCUUGUUGAAAGCAGUAGUCGUGAGGUGACGUGUGUGUGAGAGGGACAAAGAAAGAGACAGAGGGCGUGGCGAUGUAACGGAGAAGAGAGUAACAAAUGUAAAGUUUAAUCUAAGUAGUAGAAGCUAAUCGUAAAGAAAGCCAGCCUUGUUUAUGCGACCGUGUUUCCGCGAAAAAGACAAGCCUCUAAUGUCGAUGCAAAAAAAAUAAUAAUCAAACAAACAAAAAACAUUGAAUUUAAAGAUGAUUUCUAUUUCGCUUUUAAUGUAUAGGGGAAAGAUAAUAGGAACGUAUAAAAAAAUAUGCCUUACCAUUCUUGGUUUCAUUUUUAAAUUUGUUAAACGAUGCGCGCUUGCGUUUUAUGGGUUUUGUUUUAAAGAUGGUACAAAAACUUUUCGUUUCUAGCCAAAUUAUGAAAAAUGUACACUUUCCUCUUCGAUCGGUCUUACUUGUUUCCUAAAACUCCCAAAACAGAAAUAGGUUAAUACAAAUCGAAAAUAUUUGCACGGUUUUGUAUUGGAGCUAAUCCUUCCUGGGUCUCAUGCGGCCCUGUCAUCCAAUCAAAUACAUAUAAUUUGCGAUUUUGUAAAUACAAAAUAGUAAUCAGAACGGAUAGAUUUUUUUUAUACAGAGUUUGUAACCUAGCUUAGGGACCAGAGUGGGUCAACAACUGGUUGUGCUUCAUCCAGAUCACUUGGUUGUGGCAGUCCAGAGUGAACGGACCUGUGCGGAUCAGAUUUUAAACGAAACAAAUUCAACUUUAUUUGCGAGAAAAAAGA